AUAACGUACUGUAUAUAUAACAUAGUAUCUAUCAAAAAAUUGAUAAUGUUAACAAUAAGCUUUCCUUAAUUAUUAGGUUGAAAUAUCUGUUCAUAUAUUAAACCAUAUUUAUAUCAAUCUUAAUUCAUACCGUUAAAAAUGUCUAAAAAAAUUAUUCAAACAUUUAUAUUCUUUGAUUUGGAAACAACUGGAUUAAUUAACAAAAACUUCAUGCCAAAAAUCACAGAACUGUCAUUAAUUGCAGUAUCGAGAAAUGCUAUGUGCAAUACUAUAAACUCUUUACCAAGAGUAUUACAUAAAUUAGUUCUACCGAUAGAUCCAGGCAUAGAAAUCUCUAAAACAGUUCACAAAUUGACAGGUUUAUGUAAAGAAAAUAUAGAAGAUGUUCAAGUUUUCAACUGCGAGACAUACAAGUUAGUGGUAGACUUUAUACGUCGACUUACAGCACCAACUUGCUUUGUAGCUUAUAAUGGAAAUAACUUUGAUUACCCAAUAUUUUUAUCAGAGAUUAGAAAUAUUAAUGAGGUUCUCAAUGAAGAGAUUCUUAGUAUUGACAUGCUCCAUUUAAUUAAAGAUUUCUUUGCAAAUAAAGGAGAUUUUGUAGAAAAAGUAAACGAUGCCCAACAUGGUACUUCUAACCUAUCUAAGACAGAUGAUGUCAGUAAUCUGCUGAACGAUGGUUACGAUAAAAUGUUAUCUGAUGCAUUAGAUUCUGUCAUGAAUUCAAACUUUAAUAGCAACAAUAGGAAUGAGUCUUGUUCUAAGAGUACGAUUAACACUCCGAAAAUCAGUUGCUGUAACAAAAUGCAAGAAAUUAAUGAAAAGACACCUGAAAGUCAAAUUAUAAAACUAUCUAAUAAAAACUUUCAGGAUAGUACAAGAAGUAGCGUGAAAAGAAGAUUAAAUUUUACCAGCAGUUGCCCAGUUAACUAUAAGUUAUCUAGCGUUUGUAAACAUAUCAUCGGUACUUAUCCUGAAAAUGCGCAUAGUGCAGAAGGAGAUUGUAUUACUAUGAUACGCUGUGCAAUUAAAUUAGAAGACUAUUUUAUUAAAUGGGCUGAUCGCAAAGCGAUGCCUAUGAUCAAUUACAGUUAGAAAUAGCAACUACAAUAUAGACGUGUAUAAAGUACAAAUCAGUAACAGGGGUUUUGGGUUAU